CAGCGAGCAGAUUUGAUCGCGCGUGCGGGCGAAUCUGGCUUGCCACGACAAAGGGCUGCGCUUGUCACGACAAAAGGGCUGCCCUUGGAGCGCACCUGCAACAUGCCGGGCUGGCUCGUCAUCCUCAUCGUCAUCCUCUGCGUCCUCGUGUUCAUGAUGCUGAUCAACCCAACCGGUCCCUGCCACUGGUGCCCGUACUUCUGCCACAACCGACGAGCCUCCAAUAAUAACGCCGAUGCUGAUGCGGAGCUUCAGCCUGUCGACCCGUCGAAUGUGAAAGUUUUAGAGCCGUAAGACAUGGACGUUCCGGAAGCGAAGCGCGCAAAGCGAGAGCCGCGCCUCGACGUUGUCGCACGCAUGCUCGACUGGCUUAUCGCCGCCGGCGCCACGGGCCUCGACGCUAUCAAAGUGCAGGCGACGCCGGACGGGGGCGUCGGAGUGGCGUCGGGCGACGCGGGCAUCGCGCCUGGUGAAGCGAUAGCUUCCAUACCAGCGACGUGCGUGAUGAGCGUGGGCCGGUCCGCAGCAAGCGCCGUAGGUCGAGCGUGCAACGCGCUAUCCUCGCCGCCGAGCCCAGAGUACGUGCUCUGGCUCGAUAUGGCCUUGGGGCGGCGUGACGAGUCGCACGCGUCGCACCCUUACCUCGCGGCGCUGCCGAGGGACGCUCCCGACGUGGCGUCGUGGACGGCCGAAGAGCUCGCUUCGCUCGCCGGCACGGACGUCGGCGCGGCCGCAGCUGACGCCAACGAGGUUCUUGCAGCGGAGCACGAGCGGAUACAUGCGUUGCUGGGCCCCGCAUACGAGGUUCCGCUCGAGGAGAUGCGCUGGGCGCGGGGCUGCUACCUGUCUCGUCGCUUCCCGCCGCGACUUCUGGACGCCGAGGCACCGUCGGCGGGCGCACCGGGCGUUCUUCUCCCGUUCUUUGACCUGCUCAACCACGGCAAGGGUACAGAAAUCGAGUGGCGCGGCGACGGGCAAUCUGUGGCGUUCGCGGCUGGUGCCGACGGCAUCGAGGCGCAAGCGGAAAUCUUCAAUAACUACGGCUCGAAGGCGAACGAUGAAUUGUUACUGGCUCACGGCUUUGCGCUCCAGAAUAAUGAACACGACCGCUUCGCCCUUAAGAUGACGGUGGCUUCCGGGGACGGCCGAAGGACGCUCGGACCGUUCUACCUGCGCCGCGGAGGCGACUUCCCGCGCGCGCUGUGGCGAGCGCUCGCCGACCCGACGGGCGACCCCGUGUCCUCCGAUUCGGACUCUCCGCCUGAAAUCGACGCCGAGGCAGUGGAAGUCCUCCUCGCGACGUUAGAGCGCAAGCUCGCUCCGUUCAAGAGGUCGGAAAUUGCCGACGCCAAGGCGGCGCUAGGCGCCGGCCGGUCCGCGUCGGUCGCAUUCUAUAGGAAUGGGCAGCGCGAGAUCCUCGAGGACGCCGUCGAGGCGCUGCGAAGUAUGCUAGGAUAACUUCAGUGUACCACGGUC